CAUAGUCCACAAGUUGAUGAUGUUCCUUUGGUGGUUGGACUUGGUGGAUCAUGCAAGCUUCACCUACCUCUAUUGUCAGGGGCCAAACAAGAAAAAGAAACUUCAUCAACCAUCGGCACUUGGGAAUACACUCAACGAUUGGACAACGGGGACGACGGGAAGGCGGAAGAGGUGCUAACCGGAGGAAAGACGAUGUCACCGACAAUUGAAUACCGAAAAUCAACACCAUCUUGACCUCAAUCGAAAGACAUAAAUACUGGCCUUCCCUCUCCUCAAGUUCAGUCUCAUUCUUCUCAUCAUCAUCAGCAUCAGCAGCCUCAGAGUUCCAGACAUUCUCAGCUCUUCACAACCCUCUCAGCCUCUCGUCUACGAACAAAGCUUCCUUUCAAACAUUCUUUCAAGAUCUUCAAUCACCAAUCAUCAAAAUGAAGGCCGGAAUCUUUUUCUCUUUCUUCGCUCUCGCCGCCUCGGCUCUUGCAACUCCCAUCGCUGCGGGGAACCAACUCGAGAGCCAGGCUGCUCAGAUCGAUCAGUUGACCACUCUCGUUCGCCAGCACACCGCGAACAUGAACGCGACUGCCGCUCAGUACCCUGAAAACCCCACCCUCGCUCAGCAACAAGAUGCCGCCGACAAGCUCAAGCCCGACUUCGAGGCCGUCACCAAUGCCCUCACGCAAGCCACCACCACUCUCUCCAAGCGCGAGUUCUGGACUGAGCUCGCUGCUCGCGGCGGUGCCGGCUUCUGUGACGAUGACUGCUUGAAGGUCAAGAUCCAGGUUCUCAUCCUUGAGAUCACCUAUACCGUCAAGUUCCUCAUUGUCAAGCUCGGUCUCGGCUGCCUCAUCCCCCUCCUCACACCUCUCCUCCUUGCUCUCUCUGGUCUGCUCAGGAGUCUCGACAAGGUUGUCGGCGGUGUGCUCGUCCUCGUCGGUGGUCUCCUCCACGCCGUCCUCGGUGGCCUUGCUGGCGGUCUCCUCGGCCUCAUUGGCUUCUAAGCGGUUUCUGAGCUUUGUUUCUUUUUCUUUUGGCAAGCAAACAAAAAGAAACAUUUACCGUCCUUUGUGGGGCCUGAUGGUUUCGCGAUCUCUCCGUUCUUCACUCAUCCUUGAGUGAAUGAACAACAAAAAUCGAAUAAAAGAUGGUUUGGAGGAGUGAGCUGGGUUGUGAUUGACAAACAGACUGCACCUGGUGGGAUGAUUUGGGCAUGAUCUUCUUCUUUUCCUGUUCAUAGCUUUCUUUCUUUCAAAACAUAAUCAUGUUCUAGCUUUGUUUUCUCUCCCUACUGCAUGUCUUCAAAGCGAGGAGUUGAGGCUGCUACUAGCCAGUGAAUCACUUCGCUUUUUGCUUUGAGUACUUUGUCCAUUCUCGGUCUUGGCUGACUGACAGCAAUGAGUGACUAACAUUUCUCGUCACCACGG